GCGGCGCUGUUGUUGUGGUAACGGAGAAGCGAGAAGAGAUGCCGAGCCGACUAUGCCGGGAGGAGGAGGAGGAGGCCGCGGGGGAUUCCCCCCGCAUCCUCUGGACUGGAGCCUCUCGCAAAGUGCCCAUAAUUGUUUUCCAUCCAGAGGCCAUCCUCACCAAAGAGCCAUCAUGGCGCACUGUGGGAGAGCGCUACCACCUGACCUUCAAGAUGGUGCGUACAGACAGCCGACUGGUGCGCAACAUUCUCUCUGCCCAUGGCUUUCAGGAGGUCAAUGCCAAUAGUAACGACUUUAACCUCAUGUGGACAGGAUCACACAUAAAGCCACAUCUCAUGCGAAAUCUGACGAGCUUCCAGAGAGCCAACCACUUUCCAAGGUCCUACGAGUUGACCCGCAAGGAUCGUUUGUACAAGAAUGUACAGCGCAUGCAGCAAACACACGGUGUAUGCAACUUCAGCCUCCUGCCUCAGACUUAUCUGCUCCCUGGAGAAUACCAGGACUUCUGCAGUGCUUUUUCUAAGGACCGCGGCCCUUGGAUUGUAAAGCCAGUGGCAUCGUCCAGAGGACGGGGCGUCUAUCUGGUGAACUCUGUAUGUCACGAGAACAAUAUUGUCUAG